CUCCGCUUUGAAUAGUAGGGAACAUUUGGAGAUAUUCCAUACAAGAUUCAAACUUCAAACUUCAAAAUUCAAAAUUCAAAAUACCCAAAUACAGCAACCUCAACCUCUUGCACACCCUGAGCUACCCUAUUCCCAUACCCUAUACCCUACCUACCCCUACAUAAUCCUACCAUAUACCGAAAAAGUUAGACCCAUCCGAUUCCCCCGAGCCAUUAACCCAUCCAUCCCCCCCAAAAGACCCCAAAGACCCAAAGACCCAAGGAUUCAAGGAUCCAAGGACACAAGGACCCCAAACCAAAAAGACCGAAAUAGACGACUUAAAUCAGAACAACAACACCAAAUACCCAAUAUCACCAAAUUCUCCCCGUUCGCCCCCUCCCCCAUUUUCAUCAUUCACCGCACGUCUUUUCAUUCUAUACAAUAACCCCAAACCGCUGCCUUUAUUUUAUUUUCUUUUUCAUACUUCAUACUGCUCAUCUCUUCGUUCUUCUUCCCUUCCUCCUUACGCCUCGCCCCUCACGCCUCACGCCUCACGCCGCCUAUCUCUCAGAAACUCCAGCUUCACUCUCAAUUCCCGGUUGAGCGUUCUGAUCGUUGACAAGUCGAUUCAUCAAAUCCAAAAUCUCAAUCAUCUUUGUAUUCUUUUAUCUAAGGUCUUUCGUUUUGUCAUCCUCUUAAAGUGCCUCGCGAUUACUCAGAAGUAAGCCCCUAAGUUUCUUCAAAUUUAUGCCGACCUAGAUAACUGGAUCCUUUCGGAUAUCCACAUGCCUCGCUUUGCUUAUUGCAUUAAACAUCAUAAAUAUACAAUGAGUGCAUCGCUGACACUUCUUCAAAGCUAGGAGCUUCGACAGCGGUCAUCAAACCCUAUUAUAUCUUGUUCCAAUCACAAAUAUCCAUCCUGACAUUACGAUAAAACGCUCUCUCGUAGGCGUCUUCCAAGCUUCAAAAUUUCUUCCGCAACCACCGCCAAGCUGUCUUCUCCACUCCUCCUCCCUCGCACCGUCUCUUACGACGCGAGUUCAAAUCCACCUCGUUCGAGUGGUCCAUAUAGAGCAAUGAGCGAUCAAAAGGUUGGACGAAGGAGGCGGUCGAGCAGUUUGUUAUAUCAAGAGCCACCGGAGACUAUUGAACAUAUGAGUGAUCAAGCAGCGUUGCCCAAUCUCAACGCCAAUUGGGUCAAUGCAAAAGGUCAGCGAUUCCUGGAUUUGGCUGUGUAGAGUUGGACAGCAUACAUUUGCGACAUGAUCUCUACAUGGAUAUGAAGUACCUUGAUUCUCGUCAUGCUAACCACUUCAUUUAAUAGGUGCCUGGACAAUACAUUUGGUUCUAAUUGCGUGUCUCAAGAUUCUUUUUGAUAUAAUCCCUGGUGUUUCCCAAGAAACAUCUUGGACGUUGACAAAUAUAUCGUACAUGUUUGGUUCUUUUCUCAUGUUUCACUGGGUCCGUGGUGUACCAUUCGAAUUCAACGCUGGAGCCUACGACAAUUUGAACAUGUGGGAACAAAUUGAUAAUGGAGCUCAAUACACUCCUGCGAAGAAAUUCCUCAUGAGUGUGCCGAUUGUAUUGUUUCUAAUUAGCACACAUUAUACCCAUUACGACCUCACUUAUUUUAUCAUCAACUUUCUCGCCGUCCUCGGAGUCGUGAUACCAAAAUUACCUGGCGUAAGUUUUCCUCAAAAUCAAAAUAUGAAGAAGUGGUUAUAGUAUCAAAUAUUGAUAUAUAUUUAUUAGAGUCACCGAACUAGAGUUGGUCUAUUUUCCGGAGCGCCAGAGGAAAGUUACAGAUGAUAUGAUAUUUUGAAAGUACAUUAUUGCAUGCAAUUAGGCGUUUGUACGAUAUCUCGAGGCUGCACUUUUUAUUUCAGAUGACGAUGAGAAUACACUGGUUAACACAAAAGAAUCCCGGAUCCCGGAGAACUGUAUCUAGAAAUAGGGAUGGAGUUUAGGUACACUUUACAAUUCUUGGCUAUUUCAAAAUUGUUCUAAUAUGGAUUUGUCUUUACUCCCCUUCUUUUUUAGCGGUGAAGGUGUGUUUAUUUGAUGAGCCAGCCAUUGGUAUUGGUUAUUCGAUGUUUUCCAAAUCGAAUU